AUGCAGGGAGAGGUCGGUCUCUUGGAGCUUUAUAACUGGCUUCAAGGGCAUCUUCCAGCUAAUAUGACAGUGGACCAGGAAAUGUAUUUUGUAGAAUGUGUUGACUUUGCCAAAUCCUUCAUCCAACUGUAUAGCAAAGAGGAUGAUGUAUUAUUCAAAGUGCUCUUGCAUUUGCUUUGUGUACUUUGUUGUGCAGAACAGGAUGAAAGGGAAAAGGUUGCAUUGGAGGAUUCGAAUGGCAAUUUACUUUUCCGUGUCUCAGAUCUUUUCAAUCCUUUGAGCUAUGACCAUCAGUGGGUGGGCAAGCUACAAAUCAAUCAUUCAUUUUGCAAGAAAAGAAAAGUUUCAUUGGGUGGCUCGAGUUCCUGGGGAGAGGAUUCUCUUGCACCAACAAAAAAUCUUCUUACAUUUCUUGAUGAUGAACCUGAUGAAGAAAAUGAAAAUGGCUGCAAGCACACCCAAAAUGGAGGACAGUAUUUCAAAGAAGUCAAAGAGUGCUUACUUUCACUUGAAAUUUCUAUUGAAGGUCUACACCAAAAGAAUCUGUUUCCCUACAAUCCUAAUGCUCUUCUGAACCGCUUAACAAGAUUUCAGGAACUCUGUUUUGAGGAAGAGAAAUAA